UCUCUCCAUUUUUUUUAUAUUUUAUAAAAUCAUAUUCGGAUUUCUUGUUUCCUUUGUCCUCUGUUUCCUCCGUUUUUGCUAUAAACACAGAGGUUUUAAGCUUUUACCACAGCUGGAAACGUCAAAGUUCAUCAUUUUCAAUGAGUCUGUUCGGCAUCGGUAGCAGAAACCAGAAGACAUUUAGGCCUAAGAAGAAUGCUCCGUCAGGAAGCAAGGGUGUUCAGCUUCAAAGGCACAUCGAUGCUACCUUGGGUAGUGGUAACUUGAGAGAAGCUGUCCGGCUACCACCUGGUGAAGAUAUCAACGAGUGGCUUGCUGUGAAUACUGUUGAUUUCUUCAAUCAAGUGAACAUCUUGUACGGUACACUAACUGAGUUCUGCACUGCAAACAACUGUCCAACCAUGUCAGCAGGACCAAGGUACGAGUAUCGGUGGGCUGAUGGGGUUACCAUAAAGAAGCCUAUAGAGGUAUCAGCUCCUAAAUAUGUUGAGUAUCUGAUGAACUGGAUUGAGGCUCAGCUGGAUGAUGAAGCAAUUUUCCCACAAAAACUGGGGACGCCAUUUCCGGCGAAUUUUCGAGACGUUGUGAAGACGAUAUUCAAGAGAUUGUUCAGAGUGUAUGCACACAUUUACCACACACAUUUUCAGAAGAUUGUGAGUCUGAAAGAAGAAGCUCAUUUGAAUACUUGCUUCAAGCAUUUUGCUCUGUUCACUUGGGAGUUUCGGUUGAUUGACAAAGGAGAACUUGCACCUCUCUCUGAUCUUGUGGACUCUAUUUUGCAGCUGUAGACCAAUGGAUUUCUUCAAUAUCUCAUCUGUCUACUUCGUCUUACAGUAGUUUUAUUUCAUUAAUCAGAAAUAAAGAUUAAAUUUAAUUGGUUUCGUUUAUGAUUACUAUCAUUGUAGAUCAUAGUUUUAGUUACAAACAGGAGAAUUUAACACUAAUUAGAAUCAUAAAUCUUAUUAGUAUUUUAAUAUCCAGAUGUAAUACAAUUCAAUCAG